AUGACUGUCUCAACUUGGCAAGAAAAAGUCGCGGCCAAACAGGCCGAGGCCUGGGCCAAAAUUCCCACCGAAUGGCGUUUGUGUACAGAUAUCCUACAACAGGUGGAAACCGGCAAACUCGAUAUUCUCGAUGCUCCAGCACGGUGUGGCAUCCUCAGUGAUCAGGAGCUCAAGAUUACCGAGAUACCUGACGCGACGGCGCUCCGAGACAAGCUCGCCGCCAGAGAACUCAGCGCCGUCGAGGUGACCACGGCAUUCUGCAAACGCGCUGCUGUUGCGCAGCAGUUGACGUCCUGUUUGACGGAGACAAUGUUCCAACAGGCGAUGGUGAGAGCGGAAGAGUUGGAUGAGCACCUCAAAAAGACCGGUCAGCCAGUUGGUCCACUCCAUGGCGUUCCGAUUAGUUUGAAGGAGACCUUCAAUAUCCAGGGUAUCCCGACAUCCCUGGGAUAUGUCUCCUUUUUGGAUCGUCCGCCUGUCAGUCAGCAUUCUGCAUUGGUAGAAAUCCUCUUGAAGGCAGGAGCGGUGCUAUACGUGAAGACCAAUGUCCCGCAAACUAUGAUGACAGCCGAUUCACAGAACAAUGUGUUCGGUCGUGUGUUGAACCCGCACCGUCGCAACCUCACAGCUGGCGGCAGCAGUGGAGGCGAAGGCGCACUUGUCGCCAUGCGCGGAUCUCUCCUGGGAAUUGGGACAGAUAUUGCCGGGUCCAUUCGUAUCCCAGCGGUGUGCUGCGGCACCGUGGGCUUCAAGCCGAGUGUCGGUCGUGUGCCAUAUGGAGGGCAGACGAGCGCUGGUCGCCCAGGCAUGACCGGCAUCGCUCCAGUCGCUGGACCAUUGUGCCACUCAGUACGUGAUGCGGAGAUGCUCCUGCGAGUAGUCUUCGAUGCACCGAGUGAUGACAUGGAUGAUAUGGCCCUGGGAUUUCCUUGGAUCGAGCCGAGCCAACAGGCUGCGAAGAAACUCCAGAUCGGUAUCCUGCCAGAGGAUGCUCGGGCACCUCUGCACCCGAACAUGCAGCGAAGCUUGACCAAGGCCGUGGAAAAGCUCACCAGUGCUGGUCACCACCUCGUGGAUCUCUCGGAACAAGUCAAGUUCAUAGGAGCUGCGGCGGAUAUCUCGUUCCGCUUCUUCCGCAUCGAUCCUGAUCAGACACAAGUGCAACAUAUCCGGGAAGCAGGCGAGCCAUUCAUUCCGUCACUACGAUUCACAUACGAUCUUGACUCAAAGGGCCCCGAGCCGACUCUUCGUGAUUUGUUUGACUUGAAUGUCGCCAAAGCGGAAUACGCAGCUAAGAUGCGCCUCAUUUUCCUCGAAAACGAUCUCGAUGUAAUCAUUGGACCUGGAUACCAAGCCACUGCUGUGCCUCAUGAUACAUUCGGGAUCCCCAACUAUACAGUCCUUGCCAAUUUGGUUGAUUAUCCCGCAUGCGUGAUUCCUUUUGGACGGUCAUGCAAGGCCGAUGACUCUGCGUUCGUGCGCAACGUGAAUUAUAAUCCACCGUACCUCCCUGAGGAAGUUGAAGGCGCUCCAUGCCACGUGCAACUGAUCGGUCGUCGGCAGAAAGAUGAAGCUCUGGUGCAACAUGCGCGGAUCGUGGAGGAGGUUCUACGCAAAUAA